UGCUCAGUACUGGGCGGGCGGUGUUUUUUCCGUGCGUUGUGGAAGCGCUCAACGGUGGGAUCGGGAUCGGGAUCGUGAUCGGGAGGGGGUCCUCGCCCCCUGGGGUGGGGAGCCCGGGACAGAUUAUUAUCUGCGGGGCAACACCAACAAUUUCCCUUCGACCUGCGGUGAGAGAUUUAUUGGAAGAAAAACCCACAACUGGAAGCAAACCACGACUGAAGAUGAGGGAACAGCAACAAGUGAACCAGCCCGAGGAUUGAGAGCAUCAACUGGAAAGAACCCAUCUGACUCGGAGAUUCCAGUGAUUCAGUCAGGGGAAAGUCCGAGCAUCAAAAUCUGACCAGAACUGUCCACAAGGAGUGGGCAGGGGACAAGUUCCAGUGACGUCAAGAUCAGGAAAGGACAUGAGUCCGAGCUCUGAUAUCACCGAGCUCCUGGCAAGCUGGAAUGAUUUCCAGCUGCUGCAGCUGACGGACUUCUACCGGGACAGGCUGGAGCAGGCGAUGGAAAGAGGAGUGUACGGAUUGAGCCUGGCGUUAAAGGAUGAGAAUCAGUUCAGCGGAGAGGAACACCGGAAAAUCUCUGAUCUCGCUGAUAAGGGAGAGCGGGCAGACAGUUCUAAACUCCUCCUGAGCCUGGUGAUGGAGAAAGGCUCCAGCGCCCGGAGGGUGAUGUGGGAAACCUUUGUGAAAAUGCGGAUUGGUGUCGCAAAGUUUGACAAAAUACUGAAAGAGAUACAGGAACAUGGUUAUGUUCCGGUCCAUCGACCCAUCCGGGAGAUUCCCAGGGGGCUGAAAGAUGUUCAACAGAAACACAAGGAGACUCUGUGGGCACAAACGGAAACACUGAGAGUGAACACGAUCCUGAUGAGGGAGAAGGUGAAGUUUUUCCAGCUGGUUGAUCGAUACGCUGAGCUCACGGUCAUUUCUACUGUUCGGGAUCGGACACUGGUGGAACAUGAGCUGCUGGCAAGAGGCAGAGACCAUGAGGAGUGGAGAGCAAAACAUCUCCGCAGACACCUGGAAAAAAUCCGGACUGAUCAGUUAUUCCAGAGCAGCUUUUCCUGGAGUAACUCUAAAUCUGGGAGAAAAGCAGCAGUGGCUGGAGUUGCAGGGAUCGGGAAAACCACAAUGGUACAAAAGAUUGUUUAUGACUGGGCCAUAGGGAAAAUAUACCAGCAGUUCCAGUUUGUCUUUAGUUUCAAAUUCCGGGAUUUAAACUCCAUUAACUGUAGAAUAAACCUGAGAGAACUGAUUCUGGAUCGGUAUCCCUACUUCGGGAAUGUCCUGAGAGAGGUCUGGAAGAACCCAGAGGGAUUGCUGUUUAUAUUUGAUGGUUUGGAUGAAUUCAAACACAGAAUCGAUUUUGCUGACAGUCGGAGAGAUACAGAACCCAAGCACCAGUGCCCAGAUCCCGAGUGGUGGUGUGAAGUGUCCGAUAUCGUGUACAGUUUAAUCCAGGGCAAGCUGCUCCCAGGGUGUUCAGUGCUGGUGACCACUCGUCCCACUGCAUUACAUUUAUUGGAAAAGGCAGAGAUCGGGAUUUGGGCUGAAAUCCUGGGAUUUGUUGGUGAGGAACGGAAGGAAUAUUUCAUCAGGCAUUUUGAAGAUGAAAUGGUGGCAGCAGCUGUUUUCAAACACGUGGAGGAGAACGAGAUCCUGUACACCAUGAGCUACAACCCCUCCUACUGCUGGAUCCUCGCUCUGGCACUGGGCCCCUUCUUCACGCAAAGAGUCAGGGACCCACAGCGAGUUCCCAAGACCAUCACCCAACUAUAUUCCUACUAUAUUUACAACAUCCUGAAAAACCAUGGUUGUGAGAUUGAGAACCCCCGUGAUGUGUUACUCAGGGUUGGUCAGAUGGCCUUCAGAGGAGUGUCCGAGAAGAAGAUUGUGUUUACAGAUGGAGAUUUGAUCAACUACAGUCUGCAGCCUUCCCAGUUCCUGUCUGGGUUCCUGAUGGAGCUUUUGGAGAGGGAGGAUUCUGCCCGGUGUGUGGUUUACACAUUCCCACACCUCACCAUCCAAGAGUUUGUGGCUGCAGUCGCACAAUUCCUGACUCUAAAUCCUGGGGAUAUCCUGAAAUUCCUCACUGAAGCCCACUAUACGACAGAUGGGCGAUUUGAGGUAUUUCUCCGUUUUGUUGCUGGUCUCUCCUCCCCAAUGACAGCUCGGGGCCUGGAGGAGUUUCUGGGCCCAUUUCCUCAUCAAACAACCUGCCGGGUGAUUGACUGGGUGAAGGAGGAGGUUAAACGUCAGAGUGGAAACACAGAGAGGAAAGGUGGUAAAAGGAGCCUCCUGAACACAUUGCACUACCUAUUUGAGUCUCAGAAUUAUGGACUGGUUCAGGCCGCACUGGAAUCAGCAGAAGUACUUUCAUUCAGUGGAAUGACAUUGACUCCGAUUGACUGCGCGGUCCUGUCUCAUGUCAUUGGACUUUGUGGUACAAUAAAACACCUCAACCUGCAGGAAUGCCGCAUUCAGUGUGAAGGAAUCCAGCGGCUGGGACCCGUGCUGCACAGAUGCCAGGAGUUGAGACUCGGUGGUAAUGAACUGGGAGACUUAGAAGUGAAACUGGUGUCUGUGGCUCUGAGGAACCCGGAGUGUAAAAUACAGAAACUGUGGCUGAACCAUGUCGGUCUCACAGAUUCUGGAGGAAAAUACUUCAUCUCCGCUCUCAGUACAAGCCCAUCACUGACGGAGCUGGACCUGAGUGGUAAUAAACUGGGAGAUUCAGGAGUGAAACUGGUGUCUGCAACUCUGAGAAACCCGGAGUGUAAAAUACAGAAACUGGAGCUGAACAGAGUCGGUCUCACAGAUUCUGGUGUUGAGGAUCUCGUCUCCGCUUUUAGUACAAUCCCAUCACUGACAGGGCUGGGCCUGAGUGGUAAUAAACUGGGAGAUUCAGGAGUGAAACUGGUGUCUGCGGCUCUGAGGAACCCGGAGUGUAAAAUACAGACACUGCGGCUGGAGAAUGUUGGUCUCACAGAUUCUGGUGUCGAGGAUCUCGCCUCCGCUCUUCGUACAAACCCAUCACUGACGGGGCUGGGCCUGAGUGGUAAUAAACUGGGAGAUUCAGGAGUGAGACUGAUGUUUGCGGCUCUGAGGAAUCCGGAGUGUAAAAUACAGACACUGCGACUGAACAAUGUGGAUCUCACAGAUGCUGGUGCCGAGGAUCUCGUCUCCGCUCUCAGUACAAAACCAUCACUCAUGGGGCUGGACCUGGGAUCAAACUCGCUCACAGACCGAUCUGUCCCCGCUCUCCGCCACCUCAUAUUGAACCUCCCGAGUCUGAAGCAGAUCUGGCUGGGGGACAAUGAGUUCAGUGAGACCGGGGAGAAGGAACUGACACCUCUGCAGGGAGUCAGACCCGGACUGACAGUGAUCCUGUGAACAUCUGAAUGUGUGAACAUCCCCACCCGCGGGAUGGGGACAUUUUGGCCGAUUCGCCGCCCUCCCCUUUAACUCCGGCCCUUACCUUGAAUGGCUGCACUCCAGGUGUAAUUCUCAACGCUUAUAACAGGACUGGCUCCUCUCUGGCGCUCUGUGACAUCAGAAGCAGUCCCGCAGUGACGUAUUUCUGCCUGUUGUCCAGCGGCUCAGCUUCUGCCGGAUGUUUGCUUUCGAGACUCCCCCACAUGAGACCCAGGGAAUUACACAGACAGGAAGGGCCCGAGGAUGGUGGGUUCCAGUCUGGGACAACAGUGGCCCGGGUGGGUUGAUGCCGGGAGAGAAUCCUUUUGCUCCCUUUACUGAGGACGGUGCAUUCGGCAGUCUGGCCAAUAUAAUAAUGUUAAAUAGACAAAUACCUCGGGAGUGACCCUGGAUCUGCAGCGAUCUCAGACACGGUCCUGAAGUGUGAUUUUAUAAUCAUCGUUUCCCCAAUGCAGAGUGACGGUGAGAAAUGGGACUGAUUAUUCAACCUGUUACCCAUUGUUGCCGGUCAGUUAAUUGUGUGUGACUGUGAGUGAAUCGGAAGCAGCUUCUUUAUUCCUGCAAGUCAGCAGCUCACAUAUUGUUUAAUUUACAUUUGUCAUAAUGAAUUCAAUAAACUGCUGAAACUUCC